UUUUAUAAUUCAUUCAUUUAUUCAUAUAAAUUAAAAUUGAAUUCAGUAAGAUGAUAUCGGCAUUGGAUUCAUUCUUGUUCUCUGCCUCCAGAUCCUUAUGCACAUCCUUUGCUGUUUUUAUUCAGAUCCAGGGAUGUGUAAUAUGCUUACUUUUAGCUCUUGGAUGGGCUGGUGCAGCUUAUGUGAGAAACAGAGAAAUUAGACAGAUGAAGAAAUGCAUGAAAAAUGGCAAUCACUUUGCGUUUCUUAGUCACGAUAUUCGCGACCUAGAACAUUCAAAACAGGUUCAGUUGCCAGGGGUCACAGUUGUUAUGCCAUUGAAAGGUUUCGGAGAACACAAUUUGCACAACUGGCGAACCCAGUUAACCUCACUCUAUGGUGGCCCGCUGGAGUUCUUAUUUAUUGUGGAUAGUACUGAAGACCCAGCUUAUCAUGCUGUAUCUCGUUUGCUUUUAGACUUUAAGGAUGACAUUGAUGCAAGAAUAGUUGUCGCUGGCCCAUCCACUACCUGUAGUCAAAAAGUUCAUAAUCAGUUGAUUGGGGUGGAACAAAUGCACAAAGACAGCAAGUAUGUAUUGUUUCUAGACGACGACGUUAGGUUGCAUCCUGGAUCAGUAGGAGCCCUCACUGCAGAGAUGAUAAAGAAUCCCGAGAUAUUUAUUCAAACUGGCUACCCACUUGAUUUACCAUCUGGAAGUUUGGGAAGUUACUGUAUAUAUGAAUAUCACAUGCCAUGCUCAAUGGGAUUCGCAACUGGUGGAAGGACAUUUUUUCUUUGGGGAGGUUGCAUGAUGAUGCAUGCAGAUGAUUUCCGGACUGACAAACAUGGGGUCGUAUCACAACUUCGUGAUGGCGGAUACUCUGAUGAUAUGACCCUUGCUGCUAUAUCUGGUGCUCAUAAGAGGCUCAUCACAUCACCUCCCGUCGCAGUUUUCCCUCAUCCUCUUGCUAGCGAUCUUACCUUUUCAAGGUACUGGAACUAUUUGAGAAAACAAACAUUCGUCUUGGAGUCAUACACGACAUAUGUAAAUUGGAUAAUGAACCGGGCAUUAUUUUCUGUGCACUGCUACCUAUCGUGGGGAUUUGUAUCCCCAUAUAUCAUGGCUAUAUUUCAUAUCGCUGCAGCUCUAAGAUUUUAUCUGAAUGAUAGUUUAACCGAAGAACCUGUUCUCAACCCUAAUGGGUUGAGACUUGUUGGCUGUCUUGUCAUAUGUACCACCAUUGAACUUCUUUCAAUGUGGAAUUUGACAAGAAUAGAAGUUCGACUAUGCAACAUGUUGUCCCCUGAGGCACCUCCACUUUCUCUCAGCGCUUAUAAUUGGGGCUUGGUGUUUGUUGCAAUGGUGGUGGAUAACUUUUUAUAUCCGAUUUCAGCAAUCCGUUCACAUUUUUCUCAGUCUAUCAACUGGUCUGGUAUUCGAUACCAUUUGAAGAAUGGGAAAAUACACAAGAUUGAAAGGACAAUGGAGAAGGGUAAGAAGUUUUCAGAUUUGGCAGCUAAGCGAUUAUACGCUAGAAAAGGAGCACAAAGCAAGAUCUCCAUUCUUGGUUCUUUGUCAAGAAGUCUGGCUCACUGGAGACAGCCAAAGAAAUAUGAAGUGUAGAAAGAAUAGAAACAAUGUGUUGCUUUUGGUUAAUAUUAUCUGGUUUUUUGGAGCAAAAUCUGACCAGGUAAUGUAAUUCAUCCCUGUUUAUAGAUGGUUGAUUAAUUUCAAUCAUCUGUGAAAUAGGGCAUUCUUUUGAUCCAUUGGAGAAGGAAAAAGUUAAAAAAAAAUUCGAUUCAAUUGAUUGAUUCUUCAGCUGUAGUCACCUCAUGUUUGGCCUUUGGUUUUGUAACUUGUAAAUUCAAAUGUUGUGUAAUUUAAAGGAACUACUGCUACCUCCAACAAA